AAAACGGGCAAAGGUGAUCCUAAGAAGCCAAUAGAGAAAAUGUCUUCAUAUUCCUUCUUUGUGCAAACCUGCCAGGAGGAACACAAGAAAAAGCAAGCAGAUGCUUCUGUGAACUUCUCAGAAUUUUCUAAAAAAUGCUCAGAAAAGUGGAAGACAAUGUCUGCUAAAGAGAAAGGAAAAUUUGAGGACUUGGCAAAAGCUAAUAAGGUUCCUUAUGAAAGAAAUACAAAAACCUACAUACUACCUAAAGGAGAAACAAAAAAGAAGCUUAAGGAUCCCAAUGCACGGAAGAGGCUUCCUUUGGUAUUCUUCUUAUUCUGUUCUGAGUAUUGCCCAAAAAUCAAAGGGGAGCAUCCUGGUCUUUCUAUUGGAAAUGUGGACAAAAAAUUGGGAGAAAUGUGGUAUGAUAGUGCUGCAGAUGUCAAACAACCUUAUGAAAAAAAGGCAACUAAGCUGAAGGAAAAGUAUGAAAAGGAUAUUGCUGCACAGGCUAAAGGAAAACCUGAUGUGCAUAAAAAAGAAAGAAUUGUCAAAGCUGAGAAGAGCAAGAAAAAUGAGGAGGAAGAAGAUGAGGAAAAUGAAGAAGACAAGGAGGAGAAUGAAGAAGAUGAGGAGGAUGAGGGAGAUGAUGAAGAUGAUGAAUAA